CUGUUAGAAGAACUUAGAGGUCUUGGCCUUGAAAAUGUUAAUGAUUUGCAAGAGCUAUUGCACGAAAGUUCCCAGAAAUGCUUUUGGAGCAGAGUAUCUUUGGUAGGUCCAUAUUCUGUCGGAAAAAGUUGUUUAGCAAAAAUUCUUGUUGGUGAAACCAUACCAAUAAUAAGGCAGUCUACUGAUGGUAUAUGGAUAUAUAUGGGAAGAGCGGGGAUGAACGUGGACAAAAUGGAAUGGAUAUUCUUUGCAAAAGGUAAUGCUAUAACAGAGGUAUUGACAAAUAUGCUGAUAUCUAUUUCAACGUCUAAAACUAAGACAUCCCCAAUACCAGAUACUAUUCAUGGCCCGAUAUAUUCAACCAAGAAUAAUGAUGACACAAUCAAUACAAAUAUGUCCAUAACAGAUGGCCAGUCUACUGAGGUUGUGGAUACUUUAUUUGCGAAAACAAUAAACAUAAGCAAACCUUCACAGAAUAAGGAUGAUCAACAACCACUAGCAGAUGGAUUGUCCAGCACAAAAUCGAAUAAAGGGAAUACUUUGCCAGCUGAUCACUUCCAUGGUGUCACAUAUAAUUUAGAUAGUGAUUGGAUGAGAGAACAAAUAACAUGCGACAUGUCUCAUGACAAAAUACACCAGUUGCUUAUUAAAGCAGUGAAGGAAGGUAAAUACAAGCAGCGGAUAGUACCUAUAGAUAUCUGGGACUUUGGAGGCCAGAAGGAUUAUUACAUGACUCACCAGCUGUUCAUAACCAGCAGGGGCAUCUUUGUUUUGAUGUUUAAUGGGUCAAUUGAUCUACACAAACUCAUGCCUGACCUUAACUUUCUGCCAGGGCACUUUGGGAAACCAACGGUAGCAGUUUAUUUGGUACACUGGGUCAACUCAAUUUUGACAUACUGCAAGAGGACAGAUAACGGUUUUCCAAGGAUUAUCGUUGUAGCCACGCAUAAAGAUGAGAAAUGGUUCAAGAUUACACGAGAAGCUAGACGAAAGCACCUCGAACACGAACUGCAACAAUUGUUUCAAUCGCAUGCUGGUUCGAAACAUUUAGAAUUUAAACCGUUGAUAUUUGUUGAUGCAACAAAUCCAGAAGAUCAGGAAAUUGCGAAUCUCAAAAUAAAGCUCAUGGAAAGGGCAACUGAAAAUCCCAGAUGGGGAGAACUUAUGCCAACAUUAUGGAUUCCUUUGGAAUUGCAGUUGGCUCAGAAAUCUGCGGAAGGAGCAAAUAUUAUCUCCCGCAUUGAACUUUCGGCAUUGAAUACCAAAAAUGAGUCAUUGAUCUUAACAGAGAGACAGAUAGAAACAUUUCUGAAGGUGCAACAUUCGCUUGGGAAACUGGUGUACUUUGAUGUAGAAAACCUCCGUGAUCUUAUCAUUAUAUCACCUGCAUACCUUGUUGAGGUCCUAAGAUCCAUAGUAACUGAGAAACAGUUCUGGCCUCAAGGGGAGAGGUUUUCUCUAAUUCUUAGGAACCUACAGGAAUCUGGGAUGAUUGAAAGGAAUGAUAUCUACUUUCUUUGGAGGCAAAAGAAAUUCAAGCACAUUUUACAAUACAAGGAAUUUAUUCUUCGGAUGCUAGUACAUCUUGAUAUUAUGAUUGCUCCUAGAUCCAGUUUUGAAGAUGCAAGCUGUUCACUACAAGGUGUUUCUCGCUUCCUCGUCCCUUGUAUGAUUACCAAAGGAAACGAUACACUGUUCCUAGAAAAAUUUUGGAGAUCGAAUAAUUCAAUCAUACUGGCUUACACAUUUUCUGAAGAGGUGAUUCCACCAGCUAUGUCAUAUCGUUUUCUGAGUUCGCUAAUAGCAUCAUGGGAUAUAAAACAAUAUAAAGAAAGAAACACAGAGAAAAGAAUGUUGUUCAGUGAUCUGGCUGUUGUUCAGAUUGAUAGCCUUCAUGACUUAGCAGUCCAAGUAAAAACAAACAGGUUGAUUGUGUCGCUUAUCCAUGCGAAGGCAAAAGAAGAAAUUAUUCCAACUCUUGCAUCUUCUCUCCAGGAGUGUCUGACUUCAGCGAUCGUUAGAAUCACGGAAUUUUAUUCAACUUUGGCUUCAGACGUAAAAUCAGCAGACGUCAAUUCAGUCAUACCGUUCAAAAUUGAAUUUGGUGUAUUCUGCAAUUCAGAUAUAUGCUUCUUUAGCCACAAUGAAAUGCCUUUAUCAACUGAUGACCCAGUAUGGAUUUGUAAAAAACAUAAACAACGGCAUGCAACCAAAGGCCUAACUGCCUGGUUCUCAGAAAAGGAACCAAAUGAGGUGUGUACCAGCUCUUGCAAGGGGCUCGGAAGAUUAGUAGGAGAGAAGUGUCCUUUACCGCAGCAUAUAAGAAGGAUAGCAGCACUACUCUCUCCUGAUGAGUGUUGUGAAAUUGCAAUAUUGCUCGGGUUCCAGUUACAUGAAUGGAAGGAUUUAGAAUAUCAAUUCCUGCAUCAGUCUUCAAAUGACAUUAAAUUUAUGGCAUUGUGGUCUUGCACGAUAAAGAAUGGAGAUUUCAGUUUUGACAAUCUGAGAGAUGUACUGGAAAACAAAGGAAUAAGUUCACAUUUACUUUGUCAGGUGUUUAGAGAUGUCACGAUAGAUGCACUUGAUUUGGCAGAAGACACCUUAAAAAAGAUUCCGUCAGUCAAUGCCCUCCACGAUUUGUCAAACCACAUUGGGAACAGCACCAUGCAACUUGCCAUUGAGUUAGAGGUGGAUUUAUCUUAUAUACAACAGAUUCAACAUGAUUAUAAAAACAAACUUCUGGAACAGACGAGAAGAGUUUUACUUAAAUGGAGGCAAAACACGAAACGUUCUAAGCCAACAGUUCUUGGACUACUUAAAGCUCUUUACAGGGUCGGGAAAUUUGGUCCAACAUACCAAAUUAUAAAAAAUCAUCUUUGACUUGAAUAGAAAUAUUCUUUGAUUUUUUAAAAUAUCUACAUUUAUUCGUGUUAUUUCUUUAGAUUCAUGUUAAUCAUUUUGAUAUCAUAAAUAUUGAGAUAAGAAAAUAAAGAAGAAACAAAUCUUCA